AAAUCAGACCAAUAUAACAUUUUGAAGCACCACAAACAACUUUCUACUCAUAAUGAAUACAAGAGCAUAGGCACGACCACAUCACUCAGUUUUAUGAAGUCAGACGAAAUCGACGGUCAUGGAUAGAGUUCACUUCAGAGUCAACGGAGUGCAUUGCUCGGUUGGUAACGAGGUGAGUUCCUCUAUAACCCUGCUGGAGUAUCUCCGGAGACACUUGGAGCUGCGCGGUACCAAAUACAUGUGUUUGGAGGGAGGAUGUGGAGCCUGUAUCGUGAACGUCACAAAACAUCCUGGAGGAGAAUCCCAAGGAGUCAACUCUUGCAUGGUACCUAUAACAUCAUGUAACGAGUGGGAUAUAACAACAAUAGAGGGCAUCGGGAAUCGUCUGCACGGCUACCAUCCAAUUCAGGUGUCACUGGCUGAGAACAACGGCACACAGUGUGGCUACUGCAGUCCAGGAUGGGUCAUGGCUAUGUACAGUAUUUUAAAAAAUAAAAAACCGACGAUGUUGGAAGUAGAGCAGUCAUUUGGAAGCAACAUCUGCCGGUGUACUGGAUACAGACCCAUCUUAGACGCGUUCAAGAAGUUCGCUUCAGAUGCUCACGACAUAUUAGAUAUCGAGGACCUAGAAAUAUGUAAAAAGUCUGGUCGACCGUGUGCGAAGAAUAGUUGUGACGAAUCUGAUUGGUGUUUUGUAACUGAGAAUGAAAUUAAUGAAAGAAUGUUACACAUCGUAUUAAAUGAUAAUAGGGAUUGGUUUAAGGCAACAUGUGUGUCUGAUAUAUUUGAUGUUUUUCAAGCAAAGGGUACACAAUCUUAUAUGUUGUUGGCCGGUAACACAGGAAAAGGUGUGUAUCCAAUAUUGGAAUAUCCAAGAGUUUUGAUAAAUGUAAAUGAUGUCAAGGAGCUGAGAGAACACUAUAUAGACCAAAACUUAGUGAUUGGAGGAGCGACGACCCUCACAGAACUGAUAAACAUAUUCGAUACAGUAGGCCGGGUCAAUUUCUUUGGAUAUCUCAAGAUAUUAAACGAACACUUACAAGAGGUUGCCCAUAUUCCUAUUAGAAACAAUGCAACAAUCGCUGGUAAUCUUAUGCUAAAAAAUUUGCAUCCUGAUUUCAAAUCCGACAUUUUCAUACUUUUCGAAACAAUCGGAGCUCAGUUAACUAUACAGACUGGUCGCAACCAACUAAAGAUCAUCACAAUGCAAUCUUUCCUUUCAGAAAAUAUGCAUGGAAAAAUAUUAUUAAAUGUUUUACUUCCACCGCUGAGUACUGAACAUAAGAUAGUAACUUUCAAAAUAACGCCGCGAUCCCAAAACGCCCAUGCUCUUAUCCAUGCUGGGUUUCUUUAUAAAGUAGAUCAUAAUGAAAGAGUUCUAGAAAGCCGAAUUGUCUACGGAGGACUCUCACCAUCAUAUACCAGAUCUUGGAAAACAGAAAGAUAUCUGAUCGGUAAACAACUUUUAAGGAAUGAGACGUUGCAAGGAGCCUUAAAAGUUCUUAACACAGAACUGGUAGUUACGGAAAGUCUGCCAGAUCCCUCUGUACAGUACAGGCGACAAGUAGCUUUAGCACUUUUCUACAAGGGACUUCUUUCUCUAUGCGCACAAAACAGAUUAAAUCCUCGUUACGUAUCUGGAUCCAGCAAAAUUCAUAAAACAAGACCAGUGUCUGAAGGAACUCAGAUAUUCGAUACGAAUCCAAGUCUGUGGCCUCUAAACAAACCAAUACCCAAACUGGAUGGUUUGAUUCAAUGUGCCGGUGAAGCAAAAUAUUCUGAAGACGUUCCAAGACUUCCGGGAGAAGUGUUCGCCGCAUUUGUUUUAACAACUGUGGCUCUGGGAAAAAUUAAUCAUAUUGACGCUAGUCGUGCUUUGGAGGAGCCUGGAGUAUUAGCAUUUUAUACAGCAGCAGAUAUCCCUGGCAGAAAUAGUUUUAUACCUGCUGUUAAUUUGUUUAACAGAGCUGAUGAAGAAUUCUUGUGCAACGGAGAAGUUAAAUAUUUUAAUCAGCCCCUUGGAAUAAUUGUUGCCGAAUGUCAAAGCAUUGCAGACAAAGCAGUACAUCUUGUACAAGUUAUUUAUUCUGAUAUAAAGAAUCCGGUCCUCGACAUCAGGGUUGCCAAACAUGAUCCCUCAAAACUGAAAUUGUUUCAAACGAUAAACGCAACUUCUGCUGGUACAGAUAUCGCUAAAGUAAUUAAAGGUGAACAUAGUAUCUAUACACAAUAUCCCUUCACUAUGGAAACUUUGGUUACUGUGACACAUCCUACAGAAGAAGGUUUAAGAAUAUACGCAGCAACACAAUGGAUGGAUUCAGUUCAUGUAGUGAUUUCAAGAGCUCUUCUCCUAGAUCAAAAUAGAAUAGAUAUUUAUGUCCGUCGUUUGGGUGGUGGGUAUGGCUACAAGUUAUCAAGAGUUACACAAGUGUCUCUAGGAAGUGCUUUGGUUGCAUAUAAACUCAAUCGACCUUGUCGUUUUAUACAAAGCCUUAGUACUAAUAUGAGAGCUACCGGGAAACGAUUGCCAUGUUCUACAAAUUUUGAGAUUUCAGUUAAUAAGACGGGAGUAAUUCAAAAAAUAAAUUAUGACCUCUAUACUGACAAUGGCUAUGUAAUAAAUGAAACUCUCGUAAUUCUGGGCGUUGGUUUGUAUAACAACGUUUACAAGAGUGAAACUUGGAACUAUAACGUGUAUGAAGUCAUCACAGACACUCCUUCGAAUACUUGGUGUAGAUCUCCAGGUACUUUGGAAAAUAUAGCAAUGUCUGAAUUGUUAAUGGAAAGAAUCGCUUAUGAGAUGAACUUAGAUCCGCUUGAUGUUCGUCUAGCAAAUUUAGAUACAACCAAAUAUAAUGAUAUACUUGAAAUGCUUGAAACAUUGAAAACUAAUUCUCAAUAUGAGGAACGUAAAAUAAGAGUAGAUAAAUUUAAUAACGAAAAUAGAUGGAAGAAACGUGGUUUGAGAUUUUCGUUUUUGAGAUGGGAUCCCAUUGGAACUCAAUACUUAGAGGUGAAUAUGUGUGUUUAUUACGAUGAUGGCACUGUUGCUUUAACUCAUGCAGGCAUAGAAAUGGGACAGGGAAUUAAUACUAAAGCUAUACAAAUAGCAGCUUAUUUUCUUAAAAUCCCCAUAGAGAAAAUUCAAGUCAAACCUAAUGAUACUGUUAUUGCACCUAAUUGUUUUGGAUCGGGGGGAAGUAUAACGUCUCAAAAUAUAGGAAUAGGUGUACAGAGAUGUUGUGAAGAAUUACUUAGAAGACUUGAACCAGUUAGAAACCAGUUGAAUAACCCAUCUUGGGAGGAAUUGGUGAAAAAAGCUUAUGAAAUGAAUGUAGAUUUACAAGUACAUGAUUUGGUAAGUGCUAAAGAUGAACAGAAAUAUAAUAUCUAUGGUGUAACCCUAGCCGAAGUUGAAAUAGAUGUUCUGACUGGUGAAUGGGAAAUAAUGAGAGUUGAUCUAAUUGAAGACGUAGGUAGAAGUGUUAACCCUGAAUUGGAUCUCGGUCAAAUUGAAGGUGCUUUUAUAAUGGGCGUUGGCUAUUGGACUACCGAAAAUAUUGUGUAUGGUCCUGAAAAUGGGGAAAUUCUCACGGACCGUACAUGGGAAUACUGGGUGCCUGGUCCUAGGGACAUUCCCCAGGACUUUCGGGUCUAUUUCAGAAAAAGAUCUUUCAGUACGGAGAAAAUUUUAGGAGCUAAAGCAUCUGGUGAACCUGCAACAUGUAUGGGAAUAUCAGUGCCAUUUGCUAUGAGAGCAGCUAUAGCUUCAACAAGAAAAGAGUCUGGAAUGCCUGAAUGGUUUCAAAUAGAUGGUCCUUUCACCGUUGAUAAAAUUUAUCUUGCAUGUGCUACAAAGUUUGAAGAUUUUAAGUUUUACUAAACACUUUGAACCAAAAUCUUAAUAAUAAUAGAAAAAGAGCUAUAAGAGAAAAAUAACAUUGGGUGUACCUCAAGACAUCCUUCUACAACCAUCCUUUUUAUUGACAAUUGCACAAAUUAUACGGUAUAUUAUAAUAAUACAGCUGUCACAUUUAUAAAGAGAAGUAAAAACACACACCAUGUCCCAUCCCUAUCCCUUAGCAAUGUUUAAUAGACGAGAUACUUGUGUUUUUGUUGAUUAGUCAUCAUGCUGGAACCCUGAAAUGGACUACAUUACUAAUAAAAUAAAAAAAUUGAGUUAGUUAUGUAGUAUAUAAGGACAUUCCAAAUGGUACCUCAAGAACUGGUUAAUAUAAUUUCUUAAAGAAAUAUGUAUUGCCCUUUUGAAUCAAUAAGGAAAGUGGCAUUAAUACUUCGCGUGGUGCAUGUAACACUAAAUUCAUGCCUUUGAUGCGGGUACAAAGUGCACAUUUAAAAAAUAUGCACAUACUUAAAAAAAAUACUCCAUUUAAAGUUUGUACCUCCUCCCUAAAUUAUUGAGUUUAACGAGAUUUGAAUAAAAAAAAAAAACAUUAACGGUCUAACGGACAUGUCGGUGUAGAUUCAAAAAAUGAGGACGGCCUUCACCAAUAUAAAAUAUGAUAAACGUCUCAAAUGUGUAAUAAAACCGAUAGAAAAACUGAAAUCUAUGAAAUGUCAUAUUAUGAGUGCAAACAGGCCAUACCAAGAUUAUAUGAAAAACAUAUUAUGAGCAGACACAAUUAUUGUUAAAUUCAUUCAUAAACUUUAUUUUUUGUGCAAAUAUUUAUAUAUACACAAACCUUUAAAGACUUAUAAUCAUAAAAUAUAUUUAAAAAUAUAAAUUGUC